AUGGAUAAUAUGUCAGGAGAGAAAGAUAAAAGAUUUCCAAAAGCACUCAGUCAUAGAUUUUCUGCCAUUUUUAAUGUCCCCGAAGAGCGAGGUGGUGAAAGUUUCAAUCAUUCGGAGACUAGCUCAAAUAAUUUACCAGUAUGCAAUUCAGAUACCGAAACAUAUGCAAGCACCAAUAACCUCAUUAACGAAAAAAGUGUUACUCGAAGACCAGUAUCCCUGAGACCGGAAAAAGGUGGUGAAACUCCAAAUUUGAGAAGGAAACCACCUCCUCCUAUGUUUGAUGAAUUAACCUUGCAUACUCAAAAAUCAAAUGAUCGUGAUACUGACAAUCAUGCAAAUACCAAUGGAGUAAUUGAUAUGAUUACCCAUUUGGAAAAUGAAAUUGAUAAUCUUAAGUUUAAUGACGAAAAGUCCUCCAAUUAUUCAGGAAGCAAUUACCUGUCACUUUCAGAAACGUCUACGAAACUCCUACCGGUAUCACACCAGUUGCCUUUAGUUGCUCAAUCGGGUAUUGAUAGAGAAAUGUCGAUUCCUGCGCACUCGUCAACUAGUAAUGUCAAACUAUCUUUGAAUGAGCUACAAAAGUCAUCCAACUCGUUACCAUAUCCUGUAGAUAUGCCGCUUACAUCUACGGAUCUGGAUUCUGAGAAUACUCAAAAGAAACUUGACAAGGAUUCGUCGAGCUCAAACUUGCUAUCAGAGCAUUAUGAUUCUGCUUCCUCGCAAGACUUUCAUGAAGCAACCCCGUUUUCGAAAAGCAUCGAGAAUUUUUCUUCAGGACAAAAUGUACACUAUAACAGAAAUGCCGAUGUAUCACCUAAUUUAGGUAUGACGAGCCAAGAUAGUGGUUACAGUUUAAAGCAGAAUUCAGUUCCAUCUUUGGCUAAUCGACUGGAUAGCUCACAGAUUUUAACAAUUCCUCUCAAACCAAUUAUAUCCGCUCCGAUUGAUAGCUCAAUCAAGACGCUGAAUUCUAUAGAUCAAAAAGCGAAUAUCACAACCAGUCAAUUCGGACAUAAAAAGUCGGGAUCAAUUACAUCUCUUUGGAGUUCCAAUUCAUAUCGAAGUGUUAAUUUGGCAACCCUUAAAAGAACAUUGAGUCUUAAGCCCGGUGAAGGUGAACGUUCCCAAUAUGUCAUGACGAUUCGCAGGAAUUCUGGAACUGCUUUUAAUGAAAGCGGGCCAUCUAAGUGGAAAUUGCCAAUUGGGAUAGCGCCUUUCGAUAAAUCAUAUAGGUAUGCUUCAACUAGUGGAAGAUCCAUGAGAUUCUCUGGACCACAGGGCCGGUUGAAGAAAUCGAGCGGUGUUGAAUUGAAACAUGGUCAUUUAAAGCCGCGUUUAUUAGCGGCCGAAGUCGAGGAAAUUGAUGACAGUAUAGGGGGAAGGAAGUCCAAGCUAGCAAGAUCUAAUACCGGCCUUAAAAGGCAUUAUAUUAGUACGUCUGCUGCUCUUGGCUCUAGUUCUACAUUGAGCAAUUCUGAGUCACGUAGUAGUUCACUCAAAAGGACUGGUACGACGAAUUCGUUUUCUAUGGACUUACAAAGUGUCAAAUCUGGGUCUUCUUCAGCCCUUCCAAGUCUUAAAAGAAGUGAAUCCGGUUCAUCCUCAUCUGGAAGCAUUUCUGACUCUAAUAUAGGCGUGAGUCUUUAUUACCAGCACCCUGGCUAUAAAUAUGAUGAUGAAGAAGACGAGGAUGAAACAGAAGUCGAAUUGAUGGACCAAAAGUUAUCAUCACAAAACGGCUAUGAAUCUUAUGAGGAUGGUCCCCGUUUGACGCUUGCAAACCCUGAUACGAUAUCGACGGGAGAUAGUGAAUAA